AGUUUCGAAAAAUUUGGUGAGCGCGAAUUACAACUGAUGGAAUAUUUUGGGAAAGUGAAAAGUGAAAUCCAUGAAGCGCUUUGUGAUUCGGUCGACACACGAACUGUAAUUGAGAAAUUACGUGAUUUGAUUGCCGUGGGCAAUGCUUAUAUAAACGAUAUGGUCAGUAUAGAUUUUUAUUUUUUAUUUUGUGCUAUAAAUAUAAAGUAA